CAGGCGUGCUCGGCAGCGCGGACCCGCGGACCCUCGGGAAAGCGCAGUUGGAAAGUUGGCGGCUGCGGUGCCCUGUGCGCCCUGUUGUGUAACCUCGGCGCCGCCAGCCGGACGGGGAAGUUGUCGGCCCGCCCAGCCGCCGGGUUCAGGCGCUGCCCCGGGCCGAUUUCAUGGCCCCGGGGGGACGCGCGGCUGCAGCCGGCGUGGGCGAGCCCCCGCGCGCACCCUUCUGCGGGGACCCCGCGCGCGCGAUCCCUUCCGCUCGCGGGCUUUGCCGAUGCUCCCUGCGCCCUUUGCCACCUCCGCCCUCUCGCCGCCGCUUCCCCCUCGAAGCUGCCGCCUAAGUCGGGGAGAAGAGAAUGACAGAGGUGCUGUGGCCGGCUGUCCCCAACGGGACGGACGCUGCCUUUCUGACCGACCCGGGCUCGCCUUGGGGAAACAGCACGGUCGCCUCCGUCGCCGCCGUCACCACCUCCUUUAAAUGUGCCCUGACCAAGACGGGCUUCCAGUUCUACUACCUGCCGGCCGUCUACAUCUUGGUGUUCAUCACCGGCUUCCUGGGCAACAGCGGGGCCAUCUGGAUGUUCGUGUUCCACAUGAAGCCGUGGAGUGGCAUCUCCGUGUACAUGUUCAACUUGGCGCUAGCCGACUUUCUGUACGUGCUGACUCUGCCCGCGCUCAUCUUCUACUACUUCAACAAGACCGACUGGAUCUUCGGGGAUGCCAUGUGCAAACUGCAGAGGUUCAUUUUCCACGUGAACCUUUAUGGCAGCAUCCUGUUCCUGACGUGCAUCAGCGCGCACAGGUACAGCGGCGUGGUGUACCCGCUCAAGUCCCUGGGCAGGCUCAAGAAGAAGAACGCCGUCUACAUCAGCGUGCUGGUGUGGCUCAUCGUGGUGGCCGCCAUCUCGCCCAUCCUCUUCUACUCCGGCACCGGGGUCCGGAAGAACAAAACCGUCACCUGCUAUGACACCACCUCCGAUGAGUACCUACGAAGUUACUUCAUUUACAGCAUGUGCACGACCGUGGCCAUGUUCUGUGUCCCGUUGGUGCUGAUCCUGGGCUGUUACGGAUUAAUCGUGAGAGCUUUGAUUUACAAUGACCUGGACAACUCGCCUCUGAGGAGGAAAUCGAUUUACCUGGUGAUUAUCGUGCUCACCGUUUUUGCUGUGUCUUACAUCCCUUUCCAUGUGAUGAAGACGAUGAACUUGAGGGCCCGGCUGGAUUUUCAAACCCCAGAAAUGUGUGCUUUCAAUGACAGGGUGUAUGCCACUUAUCAGGUGACAAGAGGUCUAGCCAGUCUCAACAGCUGUGUGGACCCCAUCCUCUAUUUCUUGGCUGGAGAUACUUUCAGAAGGAGGCUCUCCCGAGCGACCAGGAAAGCUUCCAGAAGAAGUGAGGCAAAUUUGCAAUCCAAGAGCGAGGACAUGACCCUCAAUAUUUUAUCGGAGUUCAAGCAAAAUGGAGAUACGAGCCUGUGAAGGCACCAGAAUCCCCAAACACCUCACUUUUGUAACAUGGUAGGAUGCUUAACACAGCCAACUGCUUUCUCCCCUUUAAGUUUCUAGUUAAGAGAAAAUUCAAAGAAUGUAGUGAGUUAAAGGGGGAGGGGGAUUGAAAUGCCCUCCUCUGCGCUUAGCUCAUUCAGGUUUCUUUUCAGUCCCCCUUCUUACCGACUAGUAGUCUAUAUAAUAAAACAACACUACCUAGUUAAACUUUUA